AUGGCUGUUGGACUGUGUAAAGCCAUGUCCCAGGGUUUGGUGACCUUCAGGGAUGUAGCUCUGAAUUUUUCCCAAGAGGAAUGGGAAUGGCUGGACUCAUCUCAGAAGGAUUUGUACAGAGAUGUCAUGUUGGAGAACUACAGGAACUUGGUAUGGCUUGGACUCUCCAUUUCUAAGCCCAACAUGAUCUCCUUAUUGGAACAAGGGAAGGAACCUUGGAUGGUGGAGAGAGAGAUGUCGGAUGGUCAACAUGCAGACUGGGAGUCUUGGUAUGAGAUCAAGGCAUUAUCUCCAAAGUGGUACACUGAUGAAGAGGAAAUAUCGCAGGGGGUGAUAACAAAAAGACUUACAAGUUAUAGCCUCGAAUGCUCCAGUUUCAGAGAAGCCUGGAAAUAUGAGGCUGAAUUUGAACAGCAUCAAGGAAAUCAGGAGAGGCAUUUCAGACAAGUGGCAACUCUUAAGGAAAUCUCUGCUGUGAAAAGAGACAAUGAAUAUAAUCAUUCUGAGAGAAACAUUCUCUUGAAGUCAGUACUUGUAACACAACAGAGAGUUCCCCCAGUAGAGCCAGUACAUAAAUUUGGUAUUUUUAACAAAAUGUUCCCUCCAAAUUCAGUUCUAAUUGAACAUAAAAGACUGUGUGCCGAGAAGGAAUCUUUGAUAGGCAAUGAAUGUGAAGAAUUCAACCAGAGCACAUACCUUAGUAAAGAUGUAGAAAUUUCUCCUGGGGAGAAAUCUUAUGAAAGUAAUGAUUUUUCAAAACUCUUAAGUUUCCACUCAUUACUUAGUCAACAUCAAGCAACUCAUUUUGGAAAAUCACCCCAUGGAUAUGAUGAGUAUGGCGAUGCCUUUAACUGUUACUCGUAUUUUACUCAACCUCAGAGAAUUCACAGUAGAGAGAAACCAUAUGCAUGCAAUGACUGUGGCAAGGGCUUCAGCCAUGACUUUUUUCUCAGUGAGCAUCAGAGAACUCAUAUUGGGGAGAAACCAUAUGAAUGUAAGGAAUGUAACAAAGCUUUCCGACAGAGUGCACACCUUGCUCAACAUCAGAGAAUCCACACUGGAGAGAAACCCUUUGCAUGCAAUGAAUGUGGGAAGGCCUUUAGCCGUUAUGCCUUCCUUGUUGAACAUCAGAGAAUUCACACAGGAGAGAAACCAUAUGAAUGUAAGGAAUGUAACAAAGCCUUCAGACAGAGUGCACACCUUAAUCAACAUCAGAGAAUUCACACUGGAGAGAAACCCUAUGAAUGUAAUCAAUGUGGAAAAGCCUUCAGCAGACGCAUAGCCCUUACUCUGCAUCAGAGAAUUCAUACAGGAGAAAAACCCUUUAAAUGUAACGAAUGUGGGAAGACCUUUGGCUAUCGCUCACACCUUAAUCAACAUCAGAGAAUUCACACCGGUGAAAAGCCCUAUGAGUGCAUCAAAUGUGGGAAGUUUUUUAGGACUGACUCACAACUUAAUCGACAUCAUAGAAUUCAUACUGGAGAGAGGCCUUUUGAAUGCAGUAAAUGUGGGAAAGCCUUCAGUGAUGCUUUAGUUCUAAUUCAUCAUAAAAGAAGUCAUGCAGGAGAGAAACCCUAUGAAUGUAACAAAUGUGGGAAGGCCUUCAGUUGUGGCUCAUACCUUAAUCAACAUCAGAGAAUUCAUACUGGAGAGAAACCCUAUGAAUGCAAUGAGUGUGGGAAGGCUUUCCAUCAGGUCUUGUCCCUUAGGCUACACCAGAGAAUUCAUGCCGGAGAAAAACCCUAUAACUGUAAUGAAUGUGGGAACAAUUUUAGCCGUGCUUCAACCCUUAGGCGACAUCAGAAAAUUCAUAAUAGAAAAACUCUCUGA